AAAACAAGAAUGACGGUUUUUGUUCUUCCGCUCCUUCCUUUCUUUUGCGUUGCGUCGGUCGGUCGAGCUUCAUCGUGCGCGCGCUAGUGACGCUAGCUAGCGUUUUUGGUAUUGAUUUGUAUUGCACGUACGCACACCGAAUAGACGUAAGAAAGCGGUUAUAAUGGCAAAUGAAACGCCAGAAAGUGAUUUUUCGAUAGAAUGUUUUCAAAACUACUCUGCACCUGAAGUUUUCGUCCAGGGCCUGGCGGGGAUGGUUGAUCAGAGCGACGUGGAAACUAUAAUUAGGGCCCAAAAAAACAUGUUACAACGCUUUGAAAAGACAACUGAAAUGCUGACAAAUUGCAACCAACUGUCUGCGAGCAGGCUACGUGCUGCUUCGGCUGAAUUCAAGAAACAUACGCAGCUACUUAUGGAUAUGCGAAAAGACUUGGAGUUUAUCUUCAAGAAGAUCAGAGCUAUUAAGACUAAACUUAGUUCACAAUAUCCUGAGUCAUAUAAGAUGGCAGUAGCAGCAUCAGUUGCAAACCGAAAACCAGUUGAUGAAGAAGAGGAUGAAUUUAAACCGGGCAUGAGAUUGGAAUCAAAAAUGGUGGCUACAGUGUCAACAGAAACACUUAAACCAGCUACCAGUGAAGACAAGAAGUCAAAAAAGAAAGAAUGUAAAGAUUUGAGCAAUAACAAUGCAGACAUGAAAAAAUCUGGUGAGCAGAAGAAAAUAAAGAAGACUUCUUCUUCGUCAGAGACCGAGAGUGCUAGUUCUGGUGACGAUAGCAGUACGGAUACUGGUUGAAAGAAUUCCAUUCCGAUGAGGUUCAUUGGGAGGAAACAUUCUUAACAUUGCAGACAGUACAGAACAAAGGACACAAGGUGAACUUAUAUUUGAGAGAAAUAGCUUUCAACUAUCAUAUAUAAUAAUUUAUAUUAUAUCCUAAAUAAGUUGUGUCUUAAUAAGACACGACUAAUUUAUUAAAAAUAUCAUAGAAGGGAAGCUACAAGGAAAGAGUGGAAGGGGAAGGCCAAGAAGAGCUUACAUGGAACAGAUUAACGAGAAGGCACAUGUCGUAUCUUAUAAGGAAAUGAAAUAAUUGGCCUUCGAUAGAGAAGAAUGGAGAAUGCUACACCGACAAGAGCGUGGCUCUUAAGUUAGUGGUGAAUAUAGCGGAGUGAGUGAGCAUAUUUGGUGUAAGGACAUCCUCCAUAUUAGAGGUUAAGGAUGUUAUAGUUAUAUUGUUAGUCAGGAAACGUUAUCAUGUAAAUGUAUUGUGUAUUUGUGAAGGAAGCAAGAGAUGCUUCAGGCAUCAAAGCCCGGUUACCCUGGUGGAAAAUACGCGUGAGUUUAUGUAUGUAUAUAUGUAUUCUUUAUUACAUCAUACUGGCAGAAUAGGCUAGUUUCCAACUAGUCAAAUCAUUUACUUUUUACUAAACGUCAAAACACGAAAUUUCUAUGGAAUUGCAUAUUAAUCUUUAAUGUUGCUUUUAAAUAUUUACUCUCAGUAGGUACUACUACAGUGUUAUGUAUAUUUUUUACAGUAGCUGAAUUGAAUUGACGAUAAGAAUGAUAUUAUUAAGCCUUUAUUUCAGACAUUUUUUUUUAAUAUGCUUAUGUUUUGUUUUCGCCUGUGUGCCUUUUGCAGGCAAAGGCCUCCCCCAGCUCCUUCCAUUUUUCUCUGUCCUGCGCUUUUGUUGUCCACACUCCCCCUGCUGUGUUCUUUAUUUCAUCUACCCAUCUUUUGAGUGGUCUACCUCUUUUUCUUUCCCUGUUACUGCUGAACCAAAAUAGCAUUGUUUUGGACAUAUCUCCCUCUAACUCUAUGACCUGCCCACUUCCAUUUAAGUUUUCUAAUUGUAACUGUUAUAUCUUUGGUUUUUGUAUGUUUUUCGAUAGGUGACGAUAAAAAUAAUUAACCAUAAUAUGUGAAUACUUAUUAUUUAUGCAAGACACAAAAGUCUACACACAAUUAUAAUCAUACUUUAUAAAGAUCAUUUCAAUUUACCUGCUCACUAUAGUAAUGCUCAACUUAGUAUAGUAAGCCAAGACAAAUUAUAGAGAAGAGUACUUCCCACGUGUGGACCCUGGUGUCAGGGUUAUUAUUGAGCCGCCAAAAGCCCCUGACAUGGCUCAAGUAAUAACUAUAUGCUACGUAAAUUGUAACUUCACGAGUUAAAUCCACACACUCAAUUCCAUCUACGGACUACUUAACGUCAAAUCAAAUCAAUUUAUACAGCACACCACAACAUCAUUCAUGAUUUUCAUGAAUCAUCCAUUCGUUCGUUCAUUUUGCGUCGGCAGGAAUCUCAUCCUUAUGCUGCGGAUAUACCACCAAUCCGCACUAAACGUCUUGUCUCUUCCUUUUGAUGCGAACCGCAAAAGACUGGAACUGUGCCGUCGUCUGUUUUUCCAACUCAUUAUGAUCUGGGAGUUUUCAAGGCCUUUGCUAGGUAAGCGUGAUCCACCCUAGACUACAUCGUCACUUACCUUCAGGUGAGAUUGUGGUGAAACACGAGUCUAUAUUAUUUUAAAAAAAUAUAUAGUAGCCGGAACAGACUGGCUGAAACGCGAGUCUAUAUUAUUUAAAAAAAUAUAUAGUAGCCGGAACUGACUGGCUGAAUAAAAUAAUUUGUUUCGUGGUCGUUUGGUCUCUCGUCUAUCUAUUCGGCGUCUAAUGUUAAUGAUUCUUUGUUAAUAACAUCUGGCAUUGUUCUAAACGCCAGGCUGCCCAAUUUUCCCAACAACUUUUUCUGUGGUUUGCUUUUAACACAGUUAAGAACAUCACGCCAUCCUUUUCCGGGGUGUACCACGAUAUCGGUGUCUGUUUUCUAUAUGUAUUAUGUCUGUUCUAAUGUGUACAAAUAUAUAAAAACAAACAAAAUAUUAAUUUACUUGCAGGCCUUUCAACGGCUAAGGUUUUUUGCUUUGAGCUCUGUUCUGUCCGAGUUGUUGUUCCUGCUGAAUGUUACGCAAAUUUGUCCAAUUUCGUACUCAUGAUAACUAAUCUGCCCGCAAAUUUAAACCCUUCGAGCUUGGUAUGCAAAACACUUAAGAUGAACGAGUUUUUGAGAACAUUUUAUGAUUGAAACUAGAAGUACUAAAGUGUUCCAGACCUAAAGGGCGACGAAGUGUGAUGUGACCUGAAAUAUACGAACACAACAAUCCCGAAAUCGAAGAGGAAAAUUAAGAUGGGAACCUUGACACCUGUGGGAAGAAAUGGCAAGAAGAGAAUGGAAGUAACUUAUGGAUUUAUGUUCCAAAGUACAGUAUCGAAUCGGUUUGGCUGGCCUCCCACAAGCGGGUCUCACCGGCUAGAUUGAGAAGGCGCAUACUUACAAAGAAGUCACGAAACUUAUAAAUAAACAUCUGGAAUUCUGGAAAAAAAUAAAAGCUUACCGAAGAGACACGAAAUCAUCACAGCAGAGAUAGAUAAAUAAGUACAUACACAUACAAACAGCCUAUCGAUGUCCUAUCGCUGAGCCUCCCCACAAACAACCGGAGGAAGUAUAAAACCACAACCACACUGCUCAUCUGCUGGUUGUUGAUAAACUUAAAAAGAUAAUAUAAAUCUGCAAGUAAAAAAUCAAGUCACUUGAUUUGUGUUGCCUUUAGAUUGCCACUUCCAAAAUAUUACUAAUAUCAUUAAGUUAAAGUCAGUUGUUUGCCUGGUCUGGACUUCUGGAGUGCCGUUUCUGAACGGAUUUUGUCUUUUGUUGUUUCUUGUGAGGAAACUAUCUUUACCCUUAAAUGCAUGAUUUUAUGCAUGAUUUUUUUUUUAGACCGAGAAAAAAUAUAUUUUGGAGCCAUGAAUAUGCUUAGGGAAAAAUAAUAAAAAAAAUAGUUUUUUUUAUUUUCAUAGCUAUUUUUAUUAAAAACCAUUUGUUGCAGAACUACAACACCAUGCACUCACUAGACAAUAACUACAUAUGAAAAUUUUUAAAACAAUUUUUGGUUGUGGUAAGACAAAGAGCUACUCCCUUCCGUGCACUUUCAUAACUAAGUUUUGUUAACUGGUUAAGAAAAACCCUUUUUUAUUAUUGUUUUCACAACUGGUUUUUAAACAAGAAUACGAAGUGUUCAUUCAUAACUGACAAUCACAAAUAGUUAAGAAACGAAUAAUUAUGAUUAUGUUUUUAUAACUAGCUACAGUCAGCAAUAACAUUUUUCCUUUAACCUUAAAUCAAACACAGAAUGUAAUUUAGGUAAAUUAACUUUUACUUAAUAUUUAAAUGGGGCAAUUAUUUCUAAACAAUGUCCAACAGUGAUAGACUUAUUUGUUAAAAGAUGUAUAGUAUCCGCAAUUUCUUGGUAAUUUUUGUUCGAUGUGUUUUUGUUUGUUUUGAACGACAUUGAAAUUUUUGUUUCUUUAAUAAGAACAUUUAGAAUUGUUGCUAGCGACGCUUUUUGGCGUCCAACCAUUCUAUUAAGUCUUGCGUGCCAGCCUUCUAGAUUGUUGGUGGUCCGAAUUUCCUCGCCGUAGCAGCACCAAGUCUUGAUAAAAUUUAUCUCGCUGAACCAGUAACGGUUUAGGUAAUUGUUGAACUUUAUCACUGCUUCAGUUUUCGGGGAUUUGGUCAUUGUAUACUUGUAACCUGCCAUUACAUAUCUCAAUGGCAAUCGGGCUAAGCCAGCACAUCUCGCAAUAUGUCGUCUUUGUACUGUAGAUUUAAUCCCUAAUCGUUUCGCCUUUUUAAAAAGGCUGGCACAAAAAUGAUAAUAACAUCCUUUCAUUACUGCAUUCGGAAAAAAAUUACGUAUCGCUUUCAUUGCUGAGAUUUCGUAAUCCAGUGUCAAUUUUACGGGGUUCCAUUCAGGAAUUUGUGACUUUAUCAUUUCAAAUAUAAGUUUGUAAGUAUUUUCAGUUUUAUUAUGAAUGAAACCAAAGAAUAAAGGUACCAUUUUUUUUUGUUAUUUUAUGUAGUCUAUGAAUGGUAUAUAUUUGUGUGAAAGGUUCAGGGCAAGACUUAAAAGUUCCAUCCAGAAAGAAAUGUUCGAAAUUGUCCAAAUACGUUUUGGCGACCGUGACAGGACAGAAAAUGUGGCAGAUGAAAAGGCGUUUGUGCAACGUACAAAACAAUAUUUUAUUCGGAGAGAGAAAAAUGACACUCAAAAAACAGCAGUUGUAGAUCUGUUACUAAGCAACAUACGUCACAUGUUCAUUCAUAACUGACAAUCAUAAAUAGUUAAGAAACGAAUAAGUAUGAUUAUGUUUUUAUAACUAGCUACAGUCAGCAAAAACAUUUUUCCUUUAACCUUAAAUCAAAAUAAAAACAACAGAGUUAGAGUUUUUAUCGAGAGUAUUGCAUGCGGAAAACGGAUGAGGUUCUUAUCUCAAUAAAUUAUUAUCUAUUAUUGAUAUGUAAACUGCAAUGGCAUGACAUUGUCAUUUUAGUAUUAUUUAGUUUUCUAUUGCAAUUGAGUGCAAUUUAUAUAAAAUUUAAAGCAACCGAAAACUUAAGUGAUAAACUAUGUCGCUUUCUAAGCCCACCAUGGAGUUCAUAACGACAAAAAGGGAUCGCGAGAAACUACUAUACGACGGCCGUCAGUACCAUAAAAUUAAAACUUAUGUGAACGAAAAUGUUUUUUGGAAAUGCUACAAUAAAACCGGUUGUAAAGGUAAUGUGACAUUAAGCAAUGAAAACCAUAUAGUUAAAGAGGGCGUGCACGAUAUUGAUUGUUUACCUAAUAGUGCAAAAUAUCUAGUUUUGAAGAAAAUGAAAGAUUUGAAAACUAAAAUAGUAGCUAAUGUCGAUCCAAUACAAAAACAGUUUGAAGAAGUAGUAUGCGAACUGGAAGACGAUGGCGUGCACUUAGUUGCUGACUUACCAAAAUUUGACUAUAUUAAAAGUGGUCUAUACAAAGCAAGAAAUAAGGCAUUAGGAGUUUCUAAGCUCCAUUUUGAAUCACCAACUAAAGUAGAAAUACCAAAAAAAUAUAAAAACUUCCUCCUGGCUGACUAUAACGACAAUGACACAAACAACAGGAUUUUAAUAUUUUCUUCUUGUGAUAUAAAAACGUAUUUGGACAAUUUCGAACAUUUCUGGAUGGAACUUUUAAGUCUUGCCCUGAACCUUUCACACAAAUAUAUACCAUUCAUGGACUACAUAAAAUAACAAAAAAAAUGGUACCUUUAUUCUUUGGUUUGAGUUAUUCGUCGUUUCGCACGCAAAAGAUUCGCACGAUCGUGCGAAUUGACACCAUUCGAUUUUACCUAAUGUUUUUGUCUUCAUUUCGCACGAUCAUAAACAUCUGAUGUAGCUAAGUACAGUCAGCUACAAAAAAGCUUUUUAAAACGUUUUUUAAUUCAUAUUGAUGGGAUUAAGUAUUAAUAAAACAAAAUAUUUUUAAUUUUACAUAUAUUUCACAAAUCAACAUCGCAAAAGUAUAAAAGUACUUACAUCUACAAAUAAUCAACAACAUCACACAAUAUUAAACUAGUUAUAAAAUUAUCAAUAUAAUCAACAGUUUUACUAAAGCAUUUGGCUGGUUAAGACUUAAGUAGUUAUAAAAAUAAUCUACAUAAUAAAUCAGAGUUCAAGAUGAUUGUCAUAACGAAACUUUAACGUACUUACAUCUACAAAUUAUAAUCAACGACAUCACAGAAUAUUAAAGUAGUAAUAAAAUUAUCAAUAUAAUCAACAGUAUCACAAAAGCAUUUGGCUUGUUUAUUAACUAAGUAUUUAUAAAAAUCUACAUAAUAAAUCAGAGUUCAAGAUGAUUGUCAUAACGAAACUUUAACGUACUUACAUCUACAAAUUAUAAUCAACGACAUCACAGAAUAUUAAAGUAGUAAUAAAAUUAUCAAUAUAAUCAACAGUAUCACAAAAGCAUUUGGCUUGUUUAUUAACUAAGUAUUUAUAAAAAUAUACAUAAUAAAUCAGAGAUCAAGAUGAUUGUCGAAACCAUAAAAAAUCAUACGACGAGACUUUCUAUACAAAAUUCAACACUAAUGUUUCCGUGUCUGAAUUGGGUAAUUGUGGUAGCAAUGUGUUCAUCGAUAUCGCAGGUUUCUUUCUUUUUUGUUGUAAUAUUAGAUUCUUUUAAAUAUAAAGUUUGAUAAUAAUUAUCUUCUUGUUGUAAGACAGUCAAAAAAUGUGCAAUACUUUUGGGUUUAUUAUUAAUUUUUUUGUUUACGAUAGCAUGCCAGCUCUCAACCAUAUUUGUAGUACGAUGAUGACUACUACUGCAGGACAAUUUGUCGGUAAAAAAAGAAGUUUCAUUUAACCAUGUCUCUACAAAAUAAUUGUUAAACAAGACAAUUUUUUCAUCGUUGGGACAUUGAGACAUGAUGUACAACCACCCAUUUUCAAUAACUUCUUUGGGCAAAUGUGCCAAAACAGUACACCUUUUUAUAUGUUUUCGAGCCAGUGCAGAUUUUGUGAUUCCUACUUCGUCAGCUUUUCGCCACAAACUUCUAGAAAAAUGAAAGAAACACCCACUAAUGCAAGUCUCUGGGAAUAUAUCUUUGAUCGCUGACAUUUUCGCCCGCUCGAAGUCGAGUAUAAUAUUUUUGGGAUCAAAUUGAGGAAUUUGACUCUUGAUCAAGGAAAACAAUAUUUUAUAAGUUAUUUUAGUUUUGUUUGCCAAUAACGCAUAAAUCACAGGUAUUAUAUUCGUGUGUGUUUUACUACUUCCUAAAUCAACAUGCAAGGUAUACAACUGCUGAAAAGGUUUUAGACAAAAUUUAAAGGUUCCAUCACAUAAAACUGUCAAAUUGGGAUUUGCCAAUAUUGUUUUGCAAUGCUCACCAGCGAAAAGCAAAAUUCUGUUCCUCGAGUUGUAGUAAUCAGCUAAUAAAAAGCUUUUGAAUCUUUCGGGCACAACAACUUGUUUCAAUGUAUUAAAACAUUUUUUUUACACCCAGCGACUUAUUUCGGUUUCGAUAAAACUUAUUCUUAACAUUUUUAAAUGUGGGAAUUCUUUGGAUGAGGCUGAUUCCCUUGUCUUUUAGCUCUGCUACAGUCUGUCGAAAAACAGUUGGUAUAGGUACAGUAUAGUCAGUUUUAACUUUUUCAACGCACUCGUUAAAUUUUAUCUCAAGCUCAUUUGACGUAAAAUCAGGCUCACAGUUGUGUCUAUCCUCCCGUUUAAUAGAGUUAUCAUUAUUAAUAACAAGCAUAGAUUUGCAUAUGUGUCUCUUCGAACAUCUCCAAACACAAGAAGCUUUAUUUCUCCUGUGUAAAUUAUAUUUGUGGCCCGCGCGAAAAAGUACUGGCUUUCCUCGUUUUGAUUUGAUUAUUUCAUGUCCAGUUGUAUGCGUACUUGAAGGUCCGGCUGGUGGAUCAUUUCCUGAAUUAGAUGGGCCAGGUUGCGAUCCAUUUCCUACAAAGAAAAAUGUUUCUAAUCUCAAACCAGCUUUUUAAAUCAAAUCUAGAAUAUUUAUUAAGGUAAAACACACUUUUAAAUUUAAUUAUCAAAUGAAUUUCACAUUUUCUCAGUUUCAUCUCAUAAUUUCUACCAAUGCCAGUCAAGAUAGGAUAAGCACAAGAUGGCCGCCACAAAACAAAAAACAUUUAAAUAUACAGUGUUUUCGGGGACGUAUAGCGAAAACGUUAAGACCGUAUAAUAUGAUCAAUUUUAUCGACAAAAAACUCCCCAUGGGGGGCGCCCACCCCAUGUAGUGAUUUAAAUUUUUUAAUUACCUUUUUUAUACGGUCUUAAAGUUUCCGCUAUACGUCCCCGGACACACUGUAUAACUGAACGAAGUAGCCGUUCGAACAUUCACAGUAACACUAUUAUACUAUUAUAUUCUAAAUACACUUACCUCCAGCGUACAUGAAAAACAGUAAAAACACCCACAUUUUCAUUUUUAAAACUUAGGACAUGUUGCAGUUUAAUAUGCGCGAGCGCAGUAAAAGACGCUUAAGGAAAGACUGACUGACGUCACUAAGAUGCACCACUAGAGAUUAGAUAAAAAGAAAGAGACCGCGCUAUCUUUUUGGGCUACAUUAACGGUUAACGUGAUGAAAAACGCCGGAGUGAGAGAGAUGGCGCAAUACUAGGAAGCGAGCGAGGCUUACAUCCUUCUUGCUUUCUUCUCACUCCGAAGUUUUGCUGUCACGUAAUGUGACCGAGCAUAUCAGUAGUGUAGAUGUUUUAUUUAUGUAUAAGUACCUAUUUCAGAUAACAAACUUGAUAUUAAGAUUUCAUACAUGGUCAUUUAUUCGUAGUCGUUUAUAAAACUUGAUUUCAAUAUUUUUACCUGACUGUACAUUGUACGUGCGUGCGAAAUGAAGACAAAAACAUUAGGUUUUUUUUUUUUUUUUUUAAUUUAUUUAAAUGAAAAACUUAAACGGUAGAUUUACAGAUCAUCCCCGCCAAACUUAUGAAGUUUGAUGGCGAGUAGCGCUCAUAUGUUUAUAUCUUAAUUUACCUACCGACAGUAAUUGUUAAUACAAAUAAUAUAUUACUUACAGCUAUCGAGCAAUACACUUCUUAGUUUUAAUUUUAA